AUGCUGGCCCCGCGGCUGUUCCUUGAAGUGGAGGCCGGCCAGAGAAGAGACAAGCAAGCGCUGGAGAUAAAUUCUCAUAUAAAAAAAGAGGAGAACUGCUCCAGCCAGGCCAGGCCGUUGACUUUUUCUGGAAAAUGUCAACCAGCUUAUUACCGGGCCUCUUCGCCCGCUUCCCAUCUCUCGUUUUUUUGUUCACAUUUUGUUAAAUUUCUUCACUACCCAGCAACUGCCGAACAAGCAGCCAUCAUGUCCUGGCCGUUAUCUCCCUCGACGUCAACGUCUUCCCCCCUGACUUCUCUGCCAUCAUCUCCCUCUUCGCGCAUAUUUCACAUAUACAAUUCAUUUCCGGUACAUUAUAAGAUAUCAGAUCCGCAGAAACGGCCUCUAUACCAUGUCGACAACUCGUACUUCACUCCUGGGACGCCUGACCUAAGUCUCUACCGAGGUGAGGAUAAAAAGGGACACUUGGCUGCUGUUUGCAAAUUUGUCUUAUUCUCGACAUGCUCGAAGAUUGGAUUGAUGCCUAAACCGCAAAAGAGCUAUCGUGACCGUCUUAACAACGAUAUAUUCGAGAUCGGCCAUAAGAGGACUCAUUCUAUGGGAGUGGAAUCUUCGAAACCUUCCAAGCUAAGUGCGUGCAAUUAUAAGCUUGUUGACGAGGAAAGUGGAAAAAUCAUGGCUGUUAUUGCCAAUAACGGAUUGAAAAGCAUGAAUAAGAAGGGAAAGAUUGAAUUGUUUGACACAGCAGAGUAUGUAUUUGCAGGGGAACAGCUGGAUAUCAUGAUUUUGAUGACCGGGAUCGCCCUUUUAGAAAAGGAGAGGAGACGGAGAGCACAGCGCAGAUACGAUUAUUAUUGA